AAAUAAAUCUCCCGGUGGCUACAAACGCGGAAAAGAACCCAACAUUUUUUAAGGGGGUUUCUCUCAAACCCACCAUUAAACCCCCUUCCUCUUCCCCUGUUUUCACCAUUUCCUCUGUUUUCCCCUUCUUCUCUCUGUUUUCUCUUUCGCCAUUUCCCGUAAACCUCCAUUGAUCGAGCUUCAAAGAUCUCUUUUACACUAUCGUAAUGCUUAUCGUCGAAACCGACUGUGUGUGAGUUGUGGUGAUUCUUGAUUUGAUGGCAGACGAGGUUUUCCCAUGGUUGAAGUCUCUGCCGCUAGCACCAGAGUACCAUCCAACCCUAACCGAGUUUCAAGAUCCAAUUGGGUAUAUUUUCAAGAUCGAAGACGAAGCUUCGAAGUAUGGAAUCUGUAAAAUCGUGCCACCUGUCUCUGCUUCGCCGAAGAAAACCACAAUUGCGAACCUGAACCAGUCUCUGUCCGCCCAAAACCCUGAUUCUUCACCUACAUUCACCACCAGACAGCAGCAGAUCGGUUUUUGCCCACGUAGACACCGCCGACCGGUCCACAAAUCCGUUUGGCAGAGCGGCGAGACCUACACUCUCCCACAAUUCGAAGCCAAAGCCAAAAAUUUCGAGAAAAAUUACAUGAAAAAGGGAUCGAAUUCGAAGAAGGGUUUCACGGCAUUGGAGAUGGAGACCCUUUACUGGAAAGCUCAAAUGGACAAACCGUUUUUGAUCGAAUAUGCAAAUGACAUUCCCGGCUCGGCAUUUCAUCAAACAGGUGGUGGGUGUGGUGGAAAGAAACAGGGGAUAAAGGAGAUUGGCGACGGAUUGACGGUGGGGGAGACUGGGUGGAAUAUGAGAGAGGUUUCAAGGGCUAAAGGGUCUCUAUUGAAGUUCGUGAAGGAGGAAAUACCUGGUGUGACGUCACCAAUGGUUUAUAUGGCUAUGAUGUUUAGCUGGUUCGCUUGGCAUGUUGAAGAUCAUGAGUUCCAUAGCUUGAAUUAUAUGCAUAUGGGUGCUGGGAAGACUUGGUAUGGAGUACCCAAAGACGCUGCUGUUGUGUUUGAAGAUGUGAUCAGAGAUCAUGGCUAUGGCGGAGAGAUUAAUCCAAUCUUAACUUUUGCUACUCUAGGAGAGAAGACCACGGUUAUGUCCCCAGACGUGCUGCUUAAGGCGGGGGUUCCUUGCUGCAGGUUGGUGCAAAAGGCUGGAGAAUUUGUUGUCACCUUUCCUAGAGCUUAUCACUCAGGCUUCAGUCAUGGGUUCAACUGUGCGGAAGCAGCUAAUAUUGCAACCCCUGGAUGGCUGAGAGUUGCACGAGAUGCUGCAAUUCGACGAGCUUCUGUUAACUCCGCACCCAUGGUGUCGCACUUUCAGCUGCUGUAUGAUCUAGCUGUAUCACUAUCUGCAAGUGUACGAACAAGCAUCAAGCCUCAACCCCGUAGUUCGCGAUCAAAAGACAUGUUAAUGGCUGAAGGAGAAUUCUUGGUAAAACGACUUUUCUUGCACGACAUGAUGCAAAACAACGAGCUGCUUCACACUCUCGGGAAAGGAUCUCCGAUUGUUGUUCUUCACGAAGAUGCUUUAUACAGUUCGACUUCCAAAGAUUCGUGUUUUGGAUCUCAGUUGAAUGUAAGUCCGAUGCUUCCCACCCGUGGUUUAUUUUCAUGUGUUAGAUGCGGUAUUUUGUGCUACGCUUGUGUUGCAAUUAUUCAACCAACAGAAGCAACUGCACGUUACCUCAUGUCGGUUGAUUGUAGAGCGAUUACCGAUCUAGUUGCUGCUACCGACGUCUUCGCUGCCAACGAAGAUGCAAAUUUGGUGGAUCUGAAACCCUCUUCAGCUACUGGAUCACCGAAAGUCAAUUCAGCACUCGAUCUUUUGGCUUUAGCGUAUGGCGAUCAUUCGGAUUCUGAGAGCGACAUUCGUGUAAAUUAUUCUAGCAAUGUUUCGCUAAACAUUAGCGACGAUGGUACAACAACCAACUAUAACGGAGAUCGUGUUGAUGGUAGAGUUAAGAUUGGGGAAUCUAGUUAUCGAAUCGCCAAUUUUGUUCGCUCAAAAUGCAACAGAUUCUUCAUGGAAUCGAAUUGUUCAAUGGGUCGAUUUGAGUAUCAAAUACAAGUGCCUCAUUCCGAGAGGAAACCUUCAUCGAAUGCAAAUGAAUCUGAAGCGUUGAUCAUUGGCAAGUCGAUAACACAAGCUGGGAACACGCAGAUGAAUCCAACACGCGAUGACGAUACUUCGAGAAUGCACAUCUUUUGUCUUCAACAUGCUGCCGAAGUAGAGCAAUGCCUUCGACGGAUCGGUGGAGUUCGUAUCUUGCUACUCUGUCGUCAAGAAUAUCCCAAGCUAGAAACAGAAGCAAGAUUAGUGGAAAAAGAGUUUGGAACUGAUCAUAUCUGGACAGAUCUUGAAUUUAAAGAGGCUACCAAACAUGAUAAACAGAUGAUUCAAUCAGCUCUACAUAAACAAGAAGCCACACAUUGCAACCAUGAUUGGGCUGCAAGACUGGGGCUUGAUCUUUUCCAUAGUUGCAAACUUAGUCGUUCUCCGCUCUAUCGCAAACAGAUGCCUUACAAUUCCGUUAUCUGUAAAGCAUUCGUAAACGGUUCUCCAUCUAGUGACCCAGUAAGCUCUAAGCCAUCGAGCAAGCAUAAAAAGAUCACCGUGGUAGGAAAAUGGUGUGGGAAGGUAUGGAUGUCGAAUGAGGUUCAUCCGUUGCUAGUCGUACGUGAUGUUGAACAUCAAGAACGCGAUAAAACUGAUGUUUCGGGUUUUUCAAGAAUGGAUGCGAAACUUGAAAAACGACCCGAAAUCACCCAAGUUGUAGUUAUCAAGAAUCUAAGGAAAAGGAAAAGAAAGAAUAUGACAAUAAGUAAGCCAAUGAAGUUCACUACAAUGCAGUCAUCACCACCACCACCACCAUCAUCUCCGCUAGGCAACUUGUCGUUGAGUGGUGGUUUUAGGCGGCAGCGUACGAGAACCCUUAGGACCAAGAAAGCGGUGGAAUCAGAGGAGGGUGAAUUUGGUUGUGAUAUUGAGGGUUGCAUCAUGAGUUUCGACAACCGAAAAGAUCUUAUGGCUCACAAAAAGAAUGUGUGUCCGGAAAAGGGAUGCGGGAAGAAAUUAUUUUCCCACAAGUAUCUUAUGCAGCAUAAGCGUGUACAUAUGGACGAUCGUCCUUUCAAGUGCCCGUGGAAAGGUUGCCAAGUGACGUUCAAAUGGGCAUGGGCUCGCACCGAACACGUUAGGGUCCACACGGGUGCACGCCCGUAUACUUGUACGACAGAAGGGUGUGGACGCUCGUUUAGGUUCGUGUCAGACUUUAGCCGUCACAAGCGAAAGACCGGACAUUUUGCGAAGAAGUAACUAAAUUAAAAAAAGGUAAAACGUAAUAAA